UCUCUCUUUUUUUUUUAUAAUUAAUUUUUAAUGUUUGAAAAGUCUCUUACUGACCUCAUUCGAGGGAUAAGAGCUAACAAGAAAAAUGAACAAAAAUACAUUACAGCUUGUCUUCAGGAAAUUCGUAAUGAAGUAAAAUCAAACGACUUGGAUAUUAAAUCAAAUGCUAUAUCUAAAUUAACCUAUUUGCAAAUGUUAGGUUAUGACAUGUCAUGGGCUUCAUUUUAUGUCGUUGAAGUUAUGUCAAGUGCAAAAUUCUUACAUAAACGUGCAGGUUAUUUAGCUGCUACUUUAUCUUUUCAACAAGAUACAGAUGUUCUCAUGCUGACAACUAAUUUGAUUAAAAAAGAUUUAGCUUCUCCUAUAACAGUGGAUAUUGGUAUUGCUCUCAAUGGUCUCUCCCACAUUGCAACAUCUGACUUAGCUCGAGAUCUUUCACCAGACCUUGUCAGUAUGCUGAACCAUUCAAGACCCUAUAUUCGUAAAAAAGUCGUUUUGGUGCUUUAUAAAAUAUUUCUAAAAUAUCCUGAAGCACUUCGUUUAAGUUUUCCUCGGCUUAAAGAGAAACUGGAGGAUCCUGAUCCAUCUGUUGUAUCUGCUGUAGUUAGUGUUAUUUGUGAAUUAGCACGAAAGAAUCCAAAGAACUAUUUAUCACUUGCUCCACAAUUAUUUAAGCUGUUAACAACUUCUUCGAAUAAUUGGAUGCUGAUUAAGAUUAUUAAAUUGUUUGCUUCAUUAACUCCCCUAGAACCUAGGCUAAUCAAGAAACUAUUACCUCCCUUAACCUCUUUAAUCCAAACAACACCAGCCAUGUCUUUAUUAUAUGAAUGUAUUUAUACUGUUAUUACAGGUGGAUUCCUUGAAGCCGCAGGUGAUGCAGGUCAUGCUUUAGCUGUAACUUGUACAAAUAAAUUGAGAAAAUUUCUUGAAGACCCAGAUCAAAACUUAAAAUAUGUUGGCUUACUUGCCAUGGGUAAAUUAUUGUUGACUCACCCAAAACUCGUAGCAGAACAUAAAGAUUUAAUCUUGGAAUGUAUUGAUGAUGAGGAUAUUAGUAUUCGCAUUCGAGCUUUAGAUCUUGUUGUAGGCAUGGUUCAUCGAAAAAAUCUGACUGAAAUUGUACAGCGUCUUUUAGCUCAUAUUAUGCCAGAUCAAUACGAUAACAAUCAGCCUGUUCCUAUUUCCCUUCAUGAUUCUUCUGAAUUAUUUGAUCCUAUAUAUCGCAUAGAUAUUAUACAUCGUAUUGUAUUUAUGUGUUCACAAUCACAUUAUCAUCACCUUCAAGAUUUUGAAUGGUAUAUUUCUGUUCUUGUUGAGUUAGCCUAUCAUUCAGGUGUUAAUGUGGGUGAACUUCUCACGAAUCAACUUAUGGAUGUGACAGUACGCGUUAAGAGUGUACGUGAAUAUUCAGUCAAGCAAAUGUAUCGUCUUUUGCAAGAUAAAUCAUUUUUGGAAACGGCCAAGAAACGAGACUCAAAUAUUGAAGUUCUUUCUGCUGCUGCGUGGAUUUGUGGUGAAUAUUGUCACUACCUGACAGAUAUUCCAUCGACACUUGAAGCACUUUUAACCCAUCCAGAAAUUCAGCAAUUGCCUGUCAAGGUGCAAAUGAUUUACGUUCAAAACAUUAUUAAGAUUUAUGCUUAUUGGACAACAGAGUUGGCCCCUCGUUGGGACGAGGAAUUACAACAUGAAUUUACAAAAGUAACUGAGGUAUUGUAUACUAAGAUGGAUUUGUUUAUACAUCACCAUGGAAAUAGGACUGGAGAAGAUUUAGAAGUGCAAGAGAGAGCUCAUAAUGUGAAGGCAUUAUUUUUGAUUAUAUUGGAUGCUGUCCGGGAAAAUACAGAGACGAUGCCGUUGGAAUUACAAGGUUUACCUGAAUUGUUCUUCAUGUAUGAACUAAAUCCUGUAGCACCAAAAGCACAGUCGAAAGUACCUGUAUUAGAAGGUUUAGAUUUAGAUGCUUGGAUUUAUGAACCAUUACCAGAUCUUGUUAUGGACGACUCAGAACUUAGUGAUCAUACUGUGAGUCGUAAAAAGAAAAAAUCGAAAAAAUCGAAAAUUGUGGAGGAUGAAAGUGAAGAUGAAGCAGAAAAAGAAAAGCGUCGUGCUGCAAGAAGAGAAGCACGUAAAAACGAUCCUUAUUAUAUCCAUGAUAAUAAUAAACUACUAGACGAUAUUGAUUCGAUUCCUAUUGUCGAAUUAAAUUUAGAAGAUUCAAUAAAAAAACCUAUAAAGAAUAAGCACAAGAAGAAGAAGGUAGCUGCACCUAUUUAUGCAGAAGAGGAAAUGCCUGAAAAUGCUACGCUUUCUGAUGGAGAAGAUUCCAAGAAAAAACAACCUAGUAAUAUUGGAUUCACAAAAAUGACCAGAAAUAUUUUUGAAAAUGAAGAAGAAGUAGGAUUAAAUAGAGUGGACUUGUCUACACCAUUAAGUGAAAAUGAAAAGUUUGAACAGCCUAAGGUCUAUUUAAGCCCUGAGGAGUUGAGAAUGAAAGAAGAAGCAAGAUAUAGAGCUGAGCGUAAAGCGAUGAGAGCAUUACAGGAAAAAAAUAAUGAUGUAACACAUAAAUCAAGAAAAGGAGAGCAUGAAAUGAAAAAGAAGGUACAGGAAUCCACAGUUGAAAAAAAGAAAAAGAAAAAGAGAUCAAAUCAUAAAGAGAAAGAGCAACUAGAAGUGAAUAAAGAUGAAAUCAUGCGUGACGCAAUUAAUGAAAAAUCAAAAGAAGAUCAUCCUAUUGAAAUCUUCAGUAAUGAUCAAAUAGCAAUUAUGGGUAUAUUACAAUUAGAUGCCUCAAAAGAAAAUAAUCCAAGGUUAGGAAUUGAUUUCACUAUUAAAAAUAAGGAACCAAAUAAAAAAAUGCUGCCAGAUGUGCAUAUGGAAUUUGUAGAAUCAUUGGAUAUAAAGUUAAAUCAAGAUAAUGUUACAAGUAUGAUUGCAUCAGCUACCGAGCAUUUUGAAUUACAAUCAAAUGAAGAGAUCGAAUGUAAAGCCUAUUUCGAUAUUCUUACCAAAAAUAUAAGAAAAGGAUUAUGUAUUAAAGGCGACUUGUUUUAUAAUACUGAGGAUGUAGCUGAGUUAACUCAAUUUACCUUCGAAAUUCCUAUUCCCAUUAGCUUAUUCCUUAUUAAAUAUGAAAAUGAUGAAAUGAUGAAUCCAAAUAAAUUUGCCUUAUUACUAGCAGAACAUGGUCAAGAAUUCGAACAUCAUGAUCAUAUCUCUUUAAAGAUCGAAUUGCCUUCGGAGGAGUUAUCUAGUCGACAAGAAGCUCUUACAAAUGCAUUUGAGACUAUUACUAAAAAGAGUGGACUAAUGGUAGUUGAAGUAAUUGCAGGAGCAGCUUCGCUUUAUGGUCAAAGUGUAAUUGAUGGAGCUCAAAUAGCUGGUCUUUUGAAAUGUAAUCUAUCGCCUGAAAAUGACGAAAAUUAUGCAACGUUGACAAUUGAUCUGAAAAGUACGGAUAAUAACUUGUUAGAAGGCUUGGUAGAGGAGCUUUCAUCUAUCCAAUUUUUACCCCAACAAAAAAAUAAAUAAAUAAAUGA